AUAGCCAUGCUCUCUCUCUCUCUCUCUCUCUCUCUCUCUCUAUGUGGCUUAGGCAUAUUGCCAUAUCAUAUAUGACAAUUGCUUGGUUUGUGGCAGUGAUGAAGAUGAUUUCAACGAGACUGAGAAGGACUUGGGUGAUAGAAAAAAAGCAAAGAGGAAAAUGCUAAGGUUGUAUAAGCACAAGCCAGAGAAAUCCUCGGAGAGAUUGGAGUUCAAGUUCUCUGACGCACGGGCUUUUCAGGUGCCAAAAGGAUGGGACAAGCUUUUUGUGUCGAUUGUUUCUGUGGAAACAGGAAGGACAAUAAGCAAGUCGGGGAAGGCAUCUGUAAGGAAUGGAACUUGUCAAUGGGAAGAGGGUUGUUUGUCAGAAUCUAUUUGGAUUUUACCACAUGAUGCUUCCAAAGAUAAUGAAAAAUGCAUUGUUAAACUCGUCGUUGCCAAGGGAUCUGCUAGAUUUGGUACACUUGGAGAGGCUACAACAAAUUUGGCCGACUACAUCACUUUAGGAACCUCAGUUCCUGUUUCAUUACCACUCAAAAAAUGUGAACAUGGGACAAUCUUACAAAUUAAAAUUGAGUGCCUAACACGAAGAACAAAGCUCAGGGAUGAGCAAUUUAAAGACGCAAAAUCAUACAUGGAGGAGAUGAAUGUCGACUACGAUGACAUAGAUAAUAAAUCAGAUAUUUCUGAUAGUGCCUUCAGGAGUGUUGGAUCAUCAUCUAGUCAAAACUUGGACAGCACAUUUCUUUCAGGAGAAAUUUGUGGCAGGGAUAUAAGUUUCUCAGCAUUAACUUCACAUCGUAGCUUUGACUCCAUGGAGGGUUCCAUUGGCAGAGAAAUAGUUUCCACUCGAAAAAAGUUAAAUGGAGGCACAAACAAUCUGACUGGAAAACAAGAUUCAACCAGCUCUGAAGAUGGUUGUGGUUCUUAUUCUUUUAGUCGUGCUUCGAGAUCAAAUAACUCACCCUUUACUUCAAGGCUCUCAGGUUCGGGUAACCAUCUCCAUAAACAAAGUGAAGACUUUGGUCAAGAUUCGCAUGGCAGUGCCACAUCACUGCUGCAGAAUUCUGCUUCAACUAAAGAUCUUCUGGAUGCAGCAGAAGUUACAAUUGAGUUACUUCGGGCAGAAGCCCGGAUGUGGAAAAAAAAUGCUCGAAAGCUAAUGACUGAUCUGGAAAGAUUGCAGAAGGAAUUCGCUGACCAGUCUAAUCACCAGGCAAGUCUUGAAGUGGAGCUUGCAGCUUCACAUACUAAAUGUGAUACCUUGAAGCAGGAAAUUGAGCAACUAAAAGUCUUAUUGGAGGACUCAAUGGUGAAGCAAAAUUCCUCUGAAAAUCUGAGGUUUCAAGUUGAAAACGUAGAUCAUAUUCAAAAGGAACUAAAAGACGAGCUGAAGUAUCAGAAAGAUUUAAAUGCCACAUUAUCCUUGCACCUAAGGAAAACUCAAGAAUCAAACAUUGAGCUUGUUUCUGUUCUUCGUGAGCUCGAAGAUACCCUAGAAAAGCAGAAAGAAGAGAUCAAUAAUCUUUCAAUGGCCAAGUCUGGUUAUGAAGAUGUAGAAAAGCAUAGCCAUGAACAUCAAGGCAAUUCAAACAAGCAUGUUUUAGCCAAUGAGAUCAGAAAGGCCUCUUGUGAAUCAAGUCUAGAAGGUGGUGCUGUUGAAUACCUAGCACAUGCUCUGCAGAAAGGAAUUGGAGAGGACAAUGGGAUUUCAGAGCUUCAGUUGCAACAGUUGCAGGAAUCACAAAAGAACUUAGAAAGUACCAUCCAGAUUCUGGAGAAAUGCAUGGAGGAGAAGGACCAUGAGAUAGAGACUGAACGAGGUUUCAAGACUCAAAUUCUAAUGGAGUGUGAGGCAGAAUGGAGAGGAAGAUUAGUCGAAAAGGAGGAAGAAAUCAUCCAUUUGAAAGCAAAAUUAUCCGAAGCUCUUGAUUCUCAAGGUUCAAGGGAAAUGGAGUUUUCAGGUGGAGGUGAUUCUGCUCUUAUCAAAGAAAUUGAGGCUAUGAAGCACGUACAAGAGCUCGAAACAUAUUGCAGUGAGCUUUCAGAUGAGAACUCGAAAUUUCAAGUAAAGCUCAUGGAAUCAAGGGAGGAUCUUCAGACAUCUGCCGCCUCUUCUAAUUCUUCAUUAGGUGAGAAUCCACACUAUGAUCUUUCUCCCACCUCUGAAUCUGAAGAAAGCCAAUUGAAAUUUCAAACAUGUAAGCCUGAAGAGGAACUGAAGAAGGAAAUUUUUAUCAAUGAAGUUUCUGCCAACCACUUAGAGAUUCAAUGUACAGAUUUCAAGGACAAACAUGUACUAGAUGGUGUGCACAUGGAAUUAGUAUCUGAAGUGACAAACCUAAGUAAGAAGCUGGUGGAAAAAACUUAUGAGGCUGAGAAACUUAAGGCUGACAAUAUGAUGAAGGAAGAACAGGUCCAGGCUCUAAGAUAUUGCCAAACGGAGUUGGAAACUCAGAUUACUAGUCUUCAGGAAGAGAAAAGCCAAGUUGAAGAAGUUAUAAAAAAAAUUAGUAGAGAAGGUAUUAUUAUACCUCCUAAAUUCUUGGGUGAUUUGCAGAAUGAUUUGAUCAUGGUUAAUGGCAAUAUGGAUUUCCAAGAUACAACCAGCAAGAUUUUCGAAAGGAAAUUAGCGGACAUUGAAAAUGGCAGACAUGACUUGGAAGUCCACUUGUCUGAACUAGAAGUGGAAAAUGUACUGUUAUCAGAACGAAUAUUUGGCUUGGAAGCUGCUUUGAGAUGUUUGACUGAUGAGAGGGAGGCGAAUCGUUUGAUAAUACAAAAAUUAGAAUCUCAUGCCAUGAGUCUUAAGGAUGAAAUUAGAAGACUGGAAGCUCAACUAGAGGAACAAAAAGCUGAUAUGAAACAGAAGUUGCAAAACAUGCAAAACAGGUGGUUAGAAGCACAAGAAGAGUAUGUAAAAUUAGCGAAUCCAAGUUUACAAUUAAUGACUGGAAGUCUAAGUGAAGAAUGUUCUUCACUUUAUAAAUCAAAUGGAGAACUAAGGAAGAAAAACUGGGAAUUACAUAAGCAUUGUACAGUCUUGGAAGCAGAACAAUUGGAAUCACAGAAGGUUUUUUCUCAUGUGUUAAAUGAAGUUGAAGCUUUAGAAGGAAAAUUUUCUUUAAUGCAAGAAGAAGUUGCCUUAAAAGAAAAGGCCAUUACUGCAGAACUAAAUGUGCUUCUCCACGAAAACAAAAGGCAUAAAGAGAAGAUUGUUCUCGAAGAGAGCCUGUUAAAUCAAAUCUACUUGGAGAAAACAGUUGAAGCUGAUGACCUGCAAAGACAGGUUGCACACCUCACUGAACAGAUAUCUCUAGAAAAGAAGAGAAAAGCUUUAGAAGUUGUACAUGAAGUUCGUUGUUUACGUGCUGAUAAAGCUAUGCUUGAAGCUGCUCUUCAAGAAGUCCGAGGACAAGUUAAAUUAUAUGAAAACAAGCUUCUUAUUCUUCAAGAGGAAUAUGAAACAAAGGUGCAAGGACUUAUAGGUGAGCUCAUGGCCAGCAAGCAAAACCAGGAAGUUCUCAUGGCUGAUCAUGGAAAGGUGCUAAGGUUAUUGGAAGAUGUUAAAUCUAAUGGAGAGGGGCUAAAAAGCAUCAUUAGAGGGCUUGAGAUAGAGGUUAAAUCUUCUGAAUACGAGAGGCUACAGCUAGCAGAAGAUAUGUCCAGCCUUAAGGUUCAAUUACAAAAAGCAGGAAUGCUUCAGGAUGAAGUUUUGGCUUUUAGGAGAUCACUCACUGAGGCCAAACUUGAAAAUGGAAGACUGGAAGCUUCAUUUCAGAUAUUAGCUGCAGAUUAUGAAGAGCUGAAGGCUGAGAGGAUCUCAUUUAUUCAGAAAAUAUGUAGCAUGCAGAAUGCUUCAUGUAAAUCAGAGGACGGCAAUCACAUAGUUGCUCUUGAGGAAAAGAUUUUGCGGCUGGAGUGGGAUCUAACUGCAAGAGAAGCAUUAUGUGCCGAUAAUGCUAAGCUGAAAAAUGAGUUUGCCCAGAUUAAGAGAGCAAAUAGCCAAUUUCAGAGACAAAUAAAAUAUCUUCAGGAUGAAAAACAAGAAUGCCUGAAAAGAGCUCAAGCUCUUGAAGAUGCACUAAGACAAGACAAAGAAGUAAAAGAGGACCACAACAAGUCCACCGAUGCAAGUCUUACUCAUUGUCAUGAAUCCAAAGCCAUGAGUACUUCUGCUCAUGACGAAUCAAGGUUCUCACUGAAAGAUGAAGAUAACAGCACAAUUCAAUCCACCGAGGAGCUGUCUUUGGAAACUGAUCAACUACAACUUUCAUAUGGUCAAGGCAAAGGACAGGAUGAAAGACAGGUUGAUAACAAACAACAUUGUCAUACUCCUGCUGGAAGUUCUCAAGCUAUAGGAAUUUACCCUAUGACGAAGAUCCGGUUUCUUGAGAGUGAACCCUCCGAGUAUAUGAAGACAAGUGAAAUGCAUGAAACCCAGCUUAAGAGGUAUUUGUUAGCUUUAUGAGGGACUAAAUUCUCUAAUUAUCUGAGAUAUAUGUUUCAGAAUGUUAAGGAUCAAUGAAAUUACAAAAACGAAUGAAUAUAUGUUUUAAGCCAGAAGUAAAAAAAAUCCUACAGAAACUUGGUUGUGUUACAAGUUAAGAAAUAUGCCCAACGUGCCUCCGUUAGAAGAUCACAAUCUCACGUUGCUGAAGGAUAAGGAGGCAGAUGGUUUGCAUAAGGAGUCUUCUACAGCAAGAUGUUUAUGUGGAGGAUGAGUUGAGUUGUUGAACCAUGCAACAGAAGAUGAGAUAAGGAGCACCACAUGGAGUUGUUAUCUUAGCUGUAGGCUAUUCUUGUUGUAGUUGUUAUCCUUGAAUAAAAGACUUAAAAGUAGGGAUAGUAGUAUUCUUAUCGUUAGUGUCAGUUAGUAAGCCUUGGUUAUCUUGUUAGUUUGAAUUGUUAUGGGUUAUCUUAUGCAGUGUAAACUUUUAUUUAAAUAUUUUUCAAGAACAAUUUAAGGUAUGGAGAGAAUUUGAGUAAGAGAAA